AUGGGCAUUCCAAUCGGAUGGAACAUUAAACGGGACGAGCCCAAGGGAAAAGACGUGCUUCGAGCCGACCUGUCUGGCCAGCGAUCACCCAUCAGGCGUCGCGCCCGACCUCACAGAUCGCCGUCAUCGCACACUGCAUCCGACAGCGAUUUCCUCGUCUUUCCAAGCCGCAGAGGGGGCGCGCAGCCAGAAGUCUUUGCGCGCCCGUCACAUGCGCGCACGCGUUUGGCCCCGCCGCCUGUGCCUGAGGUGUCGAGGACAGACUACCGCGGUAACAGUAGCAGCAGCAACAACCCCAACGAGUCCUCGAGGGAGCCGCCUACUCUACAGCGCGAUGAGAGCGCCAUACACAACUACACUCGCGCUGGAGCGCCGCGCUUGAUGCGCUCAUGGAAUGCCCGCGCCGACUCGGCAACAAGGGGCGACACGCCGGAUGGCUUUGAGGAUGCGCACGACAAUGGCGACAACAACGCCGUCGGAUUCCCACCGCUGCGCAGAAUGGGUCGCCGUACGAUUGCCGACGGUCCGCUGCCAUCGAGCUCCCUGCGCGAGUCGUGGACUCCUGUUUCCACACUCGAUGGCUUGGGCGACCGCGACCGCAGCAUCAGCCCCCUAGACGACCAUCCACCAUGGCAUGCCUUUCUGGGCUCUGUUGUCCCCGAUCCCGUCGCGCCCACGGCCGAGUCGUCGUUUGCAUCCGCCGCCGCGUCUGCCUCCUUCUCCAACUCACAUCCCAGCUCUCGGGCCGGUAGCUCCAACUCGGCCACAUCAUCUCAAACACACCUCACAGUCCCCUCGCGAAGAGACUCGCUACCCCACAAUGAGCAAUUCCUGCGCGCAUGCGAUACCUCCGAGGACGGCACCGCCUCUGACACGGAGGAAGACGAGCCCGCCGAUAGAGCACAGCAACUCGCGCUUGCCCAAUACAGACACCAACAUCAGAUUCACCUAGACCAAGGAAUGGCGCGGCGGCGCCGUAUCGACGCCGCCGAAUCUCGUCGCCGCAUGCGCCCGUCCUACUUCUCCAACGAGCCUCCCAUGCGCGACUCGGAACGCUACUCGCGCCGGGUGCUCGAACGAUCGCGAGACGCAAGCGCCUACGUCCGCAGCUUCUAUCACUUGCCCGCGCCCGCCUCUCACACAAACGACGAAUCCACGCAUAUCGAGCAGCUAGAUGGUCCAGCAGAGGAACAGCCGAGCGCGCCAGAAGACGACACCGUCGCCCUGGGAUCUCUCCUCGAUCAACAACUUCGCGAUGCCCGCUCGCUGCUCGAGCGCAUCUCGCGUCGCGCCGACAUUAGCGACGACUUUUGGGCUUCUGUCGGCUUGUCGCGCUCGUUUGCCGAUCCCGUGGAACGGUUCCAGGAGCGCGAGCGCCAUUGA